UUUAACUGCGAAACUACACAGACAAGCUGUUAGUGUUUCUGGGCUAAAUAACACAACCUAAUCGAGUAAUUACAUAAUUCAGCUUUAGUUUUUGGUUUUGUUUUUUUUAUUUGUAAACAAAAUCGGGCUGGAACAGCGCUAACGCAUCGUCUACACGGCGUGCGAUUUGCACCACCCACCGUUGGGGCGCUAUUCAUACAAUAUAUUACCGGUUUCGGGCCGGCUUAAGCGUCUUCUCUCUUCCUUCCGGUGCCCCGCUUGCCCCACUCCCUCCCGGUGCUAGACCGUCGGGCUUGGCAGUGGGAGCGUAAUGGCGGUCCACCGGGGACCCUCUACGAAAUGGCUCUUCACCCGGGAGCAGCUCGAAAACACGCCGUCUCGACGCUGUGGAAUAGAAGCAGACAAAGAGCUCGCUUACCGACAGCAGGCUGCCAACUUAAUCCAAGAAAUAGGCCAGAGACUCAACGUCUCUCAACUAAUUAUCAACACUGCUAUAGUUUAUAUGCACAGGUUUUAUAUGAUCCACUCCUUCACCAAAUUCAAUAGAAAUAUAAUUUCCCAGACUACGUUGUUCCUGGCAGCUAAAGUUGAGGAGCAGCCCAGGAAGCUGGAGCACGUCAUUAAAAUAGCCCAUGCCUGGAUUAACCCACAAGAUCCUCCCCUGGACACUAAAAGCAACGCAUUCCAGCAACAGGCACAAGAGCUUGUAGCACUGGAAACGAUCGUGCUGCAAACUCUGGGUUUUGAAAUAACAGUUGAUCAUCCGCACACAGAUGUUGUGCGAUGUUCCCAGCUAGUGCGAGCAAGCAAGGAUUUGGCACAGACUUCCUAUUAUAUGGCUACCAACAGUUUGCACCUCACCACCUUCUGCCUACAGUACAGGCCCACAGUCGUCGCAUGUGUCUGCAUCCACCUGGCCUGUAAGUGGUCCAAAUGGGAGAUCCCCGUGUCUACAGAUGGCAAACACUGGUGGGAGUAUGUGGACCGCACAGUAACGUUACAGCUGCUUAACGAGCUCACCCAUGAGUUUCUUCAAAUCCUGGAGAAGACACCCAGCAAGCUGAAGAGGAUACGAAACUGGAGGGCGAUUCAAGCUGCUAAGAAGCCAAAGACAGAGGGUUCAGCUGGGGACAGUGCCUUCCAGGGAACAUCCUUAGAAAGCCUUCCUGGUGUCACCAACUCCUUUUUCCCCUCAGCAUCAGACUCUACAGACAUGCCCAACCUAAAUACCAUCACAACCCCAUUCGCCUCAUACCAGCCACUGAACGACCAAUCAAAGGCUUGCGGGUACGACCAGUUCUCCCAGCCCGCCCACUCAGACUUCACCCUGGUGAAGCCCAAACACAAAGCUGCAGGCGGGACUAGCAGUGAGCUCGCUGUGAACACCGCCGCUUUUUCACGGCCACAGAAAGUCUUGACUCUGGAAAAGUACAGAGAGAAACACGCGGCCGAGCUGGCCUUGCAGAACGGCGUUAAGGAGGAGCCAAGCACAGAUGUCUACACUCCUCCGGCGUUGUCCUCUCACCACCACAAGAAACGCUCUCAGCCGCAGCAGGCCAGCCAGCCGAGUGACAGGAAAGAAAAGCCCAGCUCUAAAAAACCUCGCCUCACCGCCUCAUACACAGAAAACGGCUCGGCCACUAGCGAGGAGCUCAAAAUGCGGAUCAAAGUUUCAUCAGAGCGCCACGGCGGCUCAGAGCAGGGCGGGGCUCUGCCAGGCAAAGACAAACACAGAGAGCACAGCAGCCACCGCCACUCUAAACACAGCCACUCACACUCGUACUCCCUCAGCGCAAACAACAGAGGGACAAUAGACAACUCUUCCUUAUCUGCCCGUACUCCCGGCAACCACUGCAUCGACGGAAGCUCCUCUGGCUCGUCUCGUAAGAGACCCCACCCUGAUGCCGGCAGCCACAAUCACCACCAUCACCACCACCACCACCACCAUUCGUCUAAGAGCAGCAGGACCUCCAAAGGAAGCCUGAGCUCGUCUCACUACUCAGACAGCAACCAGAGGAUGAUGGAGCACCACGGCCACGACGGAACCAACGGCAUGCUGACAUCUAACGGGCAGCACACUGACUACAAAGACACUUUUGACAUGCUGGACUCUUUACUAAGUGCCCAAGGGAUGAACUUGUAACCCAGAGAGUCCCCAGUGUUGUCUACAAUAAGGUAUUACCAUGUUUAUUAAAAUUUUAAAAAUGAAUUUAUUUGUCUUAAGUUAUCUGAAUUCUGCAUCACCCUCAGUCGUGUCUACACACUGAUCAUUGAUGAUUCUUGUCAAACUGUCAAAUGUCAUAGAGCUGUUACUAGCCUGCAGCGCACACACAAAAAUUGGACGUUUUUGAAAUGCGGUUGAAAAAAGGCUUUUAAAUGUUCUCUUAACUUGAGCUGACAUCUAUUUUUAACACGGAUGUUUUUAGUCACAAAAGGGAAGACACGACCAUUGUGACAGUUUACAGUUCAUGGUUUUUUUGUUUUUUGUUUUGUAGUUUUGUUUUGUUUUUUCUUUCCUUUUUUGUAUGUUAAGACAUUUUGUUUCACUAAAAAUCUCAGGUCUUGAACUUUUGAUAAAAGAACGAAUCUUCCUCUGUUUGGGUUUAUUACCUGUAUCUGUGGAGAUGUAUCACUUCGUCCGUUUGCUGACGAAAACAAAGCGGCAAAACUUUGGCGUCUCUCUUAGGAAACACGGUCUGCUUAUAUUUAAAAAAGCGCAUCAACAGUUCCGAACAAAUAAAAAUGUGAGGGGAACUCCAUUUGCCUGUCGGGCCGUGCCUGAAGUUAUGUGCAGAUUCACUAUAGAGCUACAAAUGAAGUUUACUUUACACCUGCUGUGAAAGUGCAUUUAAGAUAUAGCGGCUGAAAGCGCAAAAAAAAAGGCCGUGUGAUUGUACCUUGUCAAUUACUAUUCAGUAUGAUAAAUGUUAUUAACUACAAGAAAAUACAGAUCUCUAAAAUAAGAUUGUGUAUAUAGGACUGUAGUUCAGAAUUAAACUGUUAUUGGUUUAUUGCAUCAGUCCAGACCUUCCAUUCAAUGUAUCAUGAGAUCUAAAGCAGACUCUGUAUUGAUGAACAUAUCCUUGAUUUGUGUAUUGGGAGCCCAAAUAAAGGUGUAAAAGAUAACAUGCUGAA